AUGAUCAAGCUCAACAAUGGUGGGUUCGAAGAUAUUGUUAUUGCAAUAAACCCAGAACUACCUGAAGAUGACAAAAUCCUGAAUAAUAUCAAGGACAUGGUUACAGAGGCUUCUCCUUACCUCUUCAGUGCUACAAAACAAAGGUUUUAUUUCAAGACUGUGAAAGUAAUAGUUCCUUUGACGUGGGCACCCAAGCCUGAGUAUAAAAGAGUUACCACAGAAUCCUAUGAUAAAGCUGAUGUCAUCGUCGCCGAUCCUUACCUGAAAUACGGAGACGAUCCUUACACCUUGCAGUAUGGAGGGUGUGGGGAACAGGGGCGAUACAUCCAUUUCACAUCUAACUUCCUGACUAAUGACAGCUUGCAUGAUGUUUAUGGAUCACGAGGUAGAGUCUUUGUCCACGAGUGGGCCCAUCUCAGGUGGGGUGUCUUUGAUGAAUAUAACAAUAAUGCACCUUUCUACGAUACUGGGGAAAACCAGGCUGAAGCAACCAGAUGCUCAGCAGCUGUCACUGGUCAAUAUAUAUUCCAAGAAAAAACAGGACAAAUCAGAAAAUGCAAAGUUGAACACCGUACUCAGCUUUAUGAAGCUGGAUGCCAAUUUAUUCCAGACAAAACCCAAACAUCUCCAGCAUCUAUAAUGUACAUGCAAAGUCUCUCUUCA